GCCUGGGCGCUGCGGCGCGUGCGCGAGCGGUGCAGCACCGGCCGCGGGAGCGGGGAGUAUUAUGGGCUGUGGGUGCCGCUGAGCAAGAUGGAGCUGUCUGCAGUGGGCGAGCGGGUCUUCGCGGCCGAAUCCAUCAUCAAGCGGCGGAUCCGAAAGGGACGCAUCGAGUACCUGGUGAAAUGGAAGGGGUGGGCGAUCAAGUACAGCACCUGGGAGCCCGAGGAGAACAUCCUGGACUCGCGGCUCAUCGCGGCCUUCGAGCAGAAGGAGCGCGAGCGGGAGCUGUACGGGCCCAAGAAGAGGGGACCCAAGCCCAAAACUUUCCUGCUCAAGGCCCGGGCCCAGGCCGAGGCCCUCCGCAUCAGUGACGUGCAUUUCUCUGUCAAGCCGAGCGCCAGCGCGUCCACGCCCAAGCUGCACUCCAGCGCCGCCGUGCACCGACUCAAGAAAGACAUCCGGCGCUGCCACCGCAUGUCCCGCCGCCCCCUGCCGCGGCCGGACCCGCAGGGGGGCAGCCCCGGCCUGCGCCCGCCCAUCUCGCCCUUCUCCGAGACCGUGCGCAUCCUCAACCGCAAGGUAAAGCCGCGGGAGCCCAAGCGCAGCCGCGUCAUCCUGAACCUGAAAGUGAUCGACAAGGGCGCGGGCGGCGCGGGCGCGGGCCAGGGCGCGGGGGCGCUCGCCCGCCCCAAGGUGCCGUCCAGGAACCGCGUCAUCGGCAAGAGCAAGAAGUUCAGCGAGAGCGUCCUGCGCACGCAGAUCCGCCACAUGAAGCUGGGCGCCCUGGCGCUCUACAAGCCCCCGGCCGCGCCGCUGGCGCCCCCGCCCGCCGCCGCCAGCGCCCCCGGCCCCGGGCUGCUGCUGGCCGCCCCCGCCGCCCCCUACGACGCCCGCAGCUCCACGCCUCAGUCCUCCUCCGACCCCGACGACGCGCCCCCCAAGCUGCUCCCCGAGACCCUCCCUGCGCCCGACUGGCGCCAGCCCGAGGUGCUCGACCUGUCCCUCCCUCCCGAGACGGCGGCUGCCAGUAAGCGCGUGCCCCCUGAUGCCACGGCGGCUGCCGGCCAGGCACUGCCCACAGCCUCCGAGCCGGAGGCCGGGGACUGGCGCCCUGAGAUGUCCCCCUGCUCCAACGUCGUCGUCACCGAUGUCACCAGCAACCUCCUGACGGUCACCAUCAAGGAAUUCUGCAACCCCGAGGAUUUCGAGAAGGUGGCCGCGGGGGUGGGGGGCGCGGCCGCGGGGGCCGGUGGGGGCGGCAGCGGGGGGAGCAAGUGAGGGGGCUCCCCGGGAGGGGGGCUGUGGGGGGCCCUCCUGCCCGAAGUCACUCUGGCUCCCACCGUCCCCACCCUCAGACCUCGCUACCUGUGCUUUGCUUGUCUCCAGUGGCUCCGUGUUGACCCCGGGGUGAUGGGGCUGGGAACUGGAGCCCCCCCCCGAAGGCCAGGGGGUGGGAGCCGUUUGGGGCCGGGUUGGGACUGGGGCAGGGCAUGGGCACCCAGAAGCGCUCCCUCUUGGUACCGUCUCUGCCCACGCACAGCGGGGCCUGCUGGGUGGUCUCUGGGAAGCUGCAGGCCUCCGGGGCUCACCUGCCCUUCCACAUCCCGCCCCCGUGCCUCCCCAGCUCGCUCCCCACCUCUGUGUACAGCAUCUGAUCUCGGUGCUAAGCCGGCAGCUGUGGGGCCCUUAGGAGACCCCUACCCCGGG